AUGGCGGAGAGGAGUCCCAGGUAUCAACCGCCACCACAUCGGAGGAAAACUCCGUCGUUCUCAUCUUCUCUCCUCGACUCCAUUCUCCGUUCCAUCGACGAAACAAACGACGUCGUCGGAGGAUUACACGAUGAUAACUUACACCAGAUGCAGCAAAAUCAACAAGUUGAUGAUCAUGAGCUUAUAUUUUUCGCUUCUGAGCCAAAACGGAACAACAAAAUUCGUUUUCCGCAAACGCAUUUGAUAAACGGAGAAGAAGUACAGAUUCCGAGUCUCCGAAGAGCGAUGAUGAUAGAUCAAUGGAUGGAGACUUACAACAACAAUGAUAAACGUAGUAGUUAUGUUUCCAGGAAGAGUUGUAGAAAUUUCAGUUCGGAUUCAAGUACGACGACGUUUACAACUUCAUCGGCGUCGUCCGAACCAGAGACUCCGUCAACUUACAGAUCGUUGCCGAACUCCUUCACGAUAUCUCGCAAAGCAGCGGAGGCAGUUUUUCUCGAUGAUUCUCAAAAACCGACGAUUUCCACAAAACGUGAAGGGAAAUUCAUGAAGUUAACGAAGCUGAGAGCUAUGAAGAUCUAUGGCGAUCUGAAAAAGGUGAAGCAACCGAUCUCACCAGGAAAAAGGAUUUCGACAUUUCUCUACUCACUCUUCGCUUCUUCUUCUUCUUCUUCGUCUUCUUCAAAGAAAUCCAAAAUCGAAGAAACAAUGCAGAAUUUCAGGACCUUGAAGAAAUCACGUUCCAUUAAACAAGAUACAACAACUACCUGCUCUUCGUUUUCUAGGUCAUGUAUAAGCAAAAAACAGCAUAAUAAUGCCGGCAUAAAAAGGUCAGUUCGAUUCUUUCCUGAAAACGACACCGUGAUUCUCGAUAGAAAAUCUAUCGAUCACCAUGAUCCAAAGUUAAUGCCAUUCCCAAAGUAUGAUCAGAGACGAUGGUUCACAGAGAAGAAUUACAUGAACAAUUACAAAAACUUCGUGGUUAACGUUGAAGAUAACGAUGAAGACGAAGAUGAUCUGUUUGAACUCGAGAUUGCUGGUGGUGUAGGAACUUGUGCUUAUGGACAAGAACUUCCAGUGUUUGAAACCACAGAUUUAAGAAAAAUUAGGAUCUAA